AUGAGGGCGACUGUGCGCUAUAGGACGGGAAAUAUACGUGAGUCUGAAGCCGCGAGGGCAAAAAGACUGAUUGAUUCUGAUGAUGCGUUGAGUACGCAGGAGCAAGUACAGGUGCUUCAUUAUUUUGCAGAGUCUAUGCGCUCAAGUUUGACACCACUAUAUGCUCUUGCUGUUAUGCAACUAUUAUUGGCCUUCCUGUACCUUGGCAUGCUGACAGCUGGCUACCCUCUUGUGUACGCUGUCUUUGACGAUGGUGCACCGCUGACAUUUGGAGGGUCCAUUGCGAUUUUGACGUCAUGUAUUCUUCUAGGGACCGGUGGUUUGUGUGACCUGCAUGCAUGUCGUCGUACUCUUCGCAUUGAUGCCGCUGCUCUUGUUGAAGCGAGCUACACUGAGGAAAGAGCUGCUGGCGUGAGUGGAGAGAGAAACAGCGCACCCAAGGCUGCGAUUUCGAUGACAGAGAUGCCGCGGUAUCAAUAUAUUUUGAGUUUUCUUGCUCUGUGGCCUGCGCUGUAUUGGCUGAACGUGAUGCGUGCAUACUACACACACAUGUCACGGCAGGGUCCAUUGCUCUUUGGAGUCGCAGACAACUGGAUGGAGUUGGUGCUGGUGCUUUGGCAACCCGGGAUGCACAUUUUGUUUGCACAGGCAGUCCGCUCCAUUGUUUCCGAGAAGAAUGACCUCCUGCGACUCGCCCAGCUUAAAUACCGCUACGACAAACUCUGA